AUAGGCCAAACCUACCCCAAAACAGGCCAAACGGUGGUCGUACAUUACACUGGAACAUUAGAAAACGGAACAAAGUUUGAUUCCUCCCGUGAUAGAGGGAUACCUUUUAAAUUCCACAUCGGAAAAGGAGAAGUUAUCAAAGGUUGGGAUGAAGGGGUAGCACAGUUGAGUGUGGGUCAACGAGCGAAACUGAUUUGCUCUCCCGACUACGCGUACGGUUCCAGGGGCCAUCCAGGGAUCAUCCCGCCGAAUUCAACGCUCAUCUUCGACGUUGAACUGAUCCGAGUCGAAUAGAAUCUACCAGGAAUUAAUUAAUUUUUAAAUGUCUCCAAGUCACAAUAUAACAUUACGUUUAAUUUUUUCAAACACAUUAUUAAAACCAUUAAAAUGAAUUUAAAAGGUGAAAAUAAUUAUAAAUACUACUAAUUGCAUUUAUUAAGUUAACGUGUUUAAUUCAUUAUUUUUUUUUUACGUUUGUUAAGAAUAUAAUUAAUUGUUUCUGGUUAAACCGUUUUUAAAUAAUAAUAAUAGCCUUUUGGGGAUAGAACACCAUCGCAUUUCCGCCUUCCUUAGGACGAACGUCUGGACGCCUAUAAUAAAAGUAUUUGAAGAAAAAUUUGUUUUUCUUUUUUUUAUGAGCGCUUGUAAUAACAUUCUCUAUCUCUAAUAUCAGUUGGUUUUUUCUGUUAAAAAGUUUUUGCCUUAGAGUUGAGAUAGGAGAUAGUUAUAUGUGAACUGUGAAUGUCCGAUAAAAUAAAAAGGAACUUGAAUUGAAAAAAG